AUGAUGAUGACUAAGAAGUAGCCAUACCUGCUGAUGUAAAUGGAAUGGAUGUUUAUGAAUUAUUUCCCAUACUUAAAGUAUUAUUUCUUGUUGACUGAUAAGUAAUUUAAUUUAAAUUCUAUAAACUGCCGUUACUAGCAAUUUAGCAACCAUCAUCUGUUAACAUAAUAAUGUCUUCUUUGCAAGAUUAUCUCAUGUAUUAUUUUGGAUUUUCUUUUAAAUUUUUUGCAUUAAUUUAAAUCGCUUAACCCCUUUAUUUAACCUCUGCCUCUGCUGAAACUAACUUGGCUUCUGAAACUUUAUUUUGAACUGAAGCCAAUCCAGAUUAAUCUAAAAGUCCUCCUAAUUCUACUUAUUCUUAGGAUAUGCAGAACCCCUUAUUGCAGCUUACUUUUGGAUCAGCAGAUAUGGUAAUUUCUCUAUCUUCUUUAGAUCUCAAUUCAGUUACUACACAAGAUCCCAUUCAAAUACAAAAUAUAUUUGGUUUUUGAGAGAAGUAAGUAAGUAAGAAAAAUAAGUUUUUGUAUAUUUUAAUAAUCUAAGUACAAAAAAGGUCUUUUUUAAAUAAGCGUUAAGUAUUUAUUUACUUUGGGUUCAGUAUAAAAUAUCUAAUAAAUAUGA